UAGAAGCCAAGAAGAUUUUGAGGGAUCGCGCCGUAAGUGCCUUUGCAGCAUGGAUGUACGGUGCAGGGCUUCCUUUCAAUUGUGUUAACUACAAAACUUUUGAUAAAUUCAUUGAGGCCGUAGGACAAUAUGGCCCAGGAAUGAAGCCUCCUAGCUAUCAUGAAGUUAGAGUAUCUUAAAAAAGAGGUGAAGAAGAUAGAUAAAAUUAUUGAGGAGCAUAAAGUGGAAUGGAACAAGUUUGGAUGUUCCAUUAUGAUGGAUAAAUGGACCGCACGGAAUGAAAAAAUGAUCAUAAAUGUGUUGGUGAACUCUCCAAGAGGGAGUGUUUUUCUUGAAUCUUACGAUGCUAGCAACUCUUCUACGGAUGGAAGCAAAAUGUACAGCUUGUUUAGAAAGACUAUUGAUAAAAUUGGAAAGGAAAAUGUUGUACAAGUUGUUACAGAUAAUGCUAGUGAGAAUAUUAGUGCGGGUAAGAUGAUGGAAGCUAUGUAUCCACACAUUUAUUGGACUCCAUGUGCUGCCCAUUAUAUCAACUUGAUGUUUGGUGACAUAUUCAAGGAAAACCCAUAUGCUUCAGUUUUCACUAAGGCCGUCAAGAUAUAUUCUUACAUCAGUCAGAGGCCGUUGUUGUUGAAUUUGAUGAGGAAAUUCACAAAUGAAAGAAAUUUGGUGAGACCGGCCAAGACUAGAUUUGCAACGGCUUUCUUAACUUUGCAUAGUUUUUACUUGCAAAAGAAAAACUUGAGAAAGCUAGUUCUUUCAAAUGAAUGGAAAGAUAAUAGAUAUGCAAAGGAAGCUGCGGGGAAAGAAACUGCGAAAGUUCUUAUUUCUCCAUCAUUCUGGAAUGACGUCGUUCGGGCUCUUAAAGUUGGUGGUCCUUUGAUUAGGGUGCUUCGUAUGGUGGAUGGGGAGAGAAAACCACCAAUGGGCUAUCUUUAUGAAGCUAUGGAUAGAGCCGAAGAGACUAUUGAAGCGUCAUUUGAGGGAGAUGUUAGGAAAUAUGGGAAAGUUUUUGAGAUUAUUGAUAGCAGGUGGUCGGAUCAACUCCAUCGACCUUUGCAUGCAGCAGACCAUCUUCUGAACCCGGGAUUAUUUUACAAGAAUACUAGAGAAGACACUUUGGAUUCAGAGGUGUAGGUUGGAUACCAUCAAUGCCUUGAGAAGUUGGUCCCCGAAAAGGAAUAGGCUUGAGCUAUCGCGUUUCAAUGAUCUAGUGUAUAUUAAAUACAAUAGAACAUUGAGGCGACGUUAUGAAGCUUGCGAUACCAUUGAUCCAAUUUUGUUGGAUAACAUUGACGAGGCAAAUGAAUGGUUAACUGGAGCCCUCCCAAAAUCAUAAAGAUGAACAAGUGUAUGUAGGAGAUGAUCGUGAUUGGGGUACUGUUUCUAUGGCGGCUGGAGUUGAGGAGAAUAUCUAUGGUCUCAGAGGAAGUUCUUCAAGUUCAAAUUACAAGGGAAAGGGAGUAGCAAGUUCAAGCCGGUCUCUAAUUGAUGAAGACUCCGAGGAUGAAGAAGAUGAUAGCCAAUAUAAUACUUACAUUCUUGAAGUUCUAGAAUUUGAAAAUCUUGAAGAAGAAUAGAUGUUGCUUGUUUUAGACUUUUAGACUUUAGUUUAUGAA